UUUUAUGUAUUAUUCUGUCCCUUGUAUAUAUCACCUCGUUAAAAAACUGCUCGUUGAGGCUUUUUCCAAUGCUUCUAGAUGAUCGUCAUCUCGAUCCAUCGCCCGUCAUGCCAGGUGGUGACGACAGGCAGAUAUGUGAAGGUACCUCCAACACGUUCGAAGUGACUCCCUCUUCAUUUGUGCCCUAUUUUGAUGACGCCAUCUUCACCUAUGGCACCCCCAGAGACUGCGAGCGGUCGCCCUUUAGAAUCAGGUCAGAAAGAUUCAGAAGACUUUUUGCGGUCUAGCUCGCCUCCUCAUCCUAUGGACGACUAUGAAUACAUGAAAAAUAGCCUGAAAAAUUACAAGAGGAGCAGGGAGUGCUUUGAGAAAGGCAAUCUUCAGAAUUUUGAUUUGAUCAAGAGCUCCAAGAAGCACUCGAUCGAUUCGAGGACUUUGGAUUUCACGAUGUCCAGAUAUGCGAAUUUAGCCAUCGCAAAGCUGAACGGUGGCGAUUCCGAUGGUUCGCCCGUCUCGAGAGACAACGAGCAGAAUCUCAUGAGUGUCGAUGGUUACCGGGCGGUUUCUCUUUCUGGGUUCAAGAGAGCGCACAAAUCGAAAAUUCCUGUAACACCUUUGGCGGAAAAAAUUCGUAAAAUCGAUAUCUCGACACCUGAACAUUGGAAAUGCCACCAACUCAAAGAUGGUGCAAGCAAGCCGCUAGAACUGACUCAUCCGAUCGACCCCACGCUUCAGACGGCCAUUCGGUCGAUGAGUCGUUCUUCCUGUACCGCCAGGCUUGACCCUGCACCUGUCCAGUCUUUCAAGGCCAUGCCACUGAGCAAACGAAUAUUUGAGAGUAAAGGUGAUCUAGGUGUACCGCGAGUCUUCAAGAAGCCCCUCACGGUGCCCUGCUCUCCGAAACUGCAUGUUGCCAGUCGUUUGAUGGCAAAGACCGUUCAUGUGCAAUGCCAAAAAGGGGACAGUCAUUCAGCGAUGCAUGAAUCUGAUGCGAGCAGAGAUGAGCAUUGCCGCGACAGGGCCAAACCGAGAGAGGAUUCUCAGCACACUGACCCGCUUUCAAAAUGCUUUUACGAUAGUCAGUGCGAGUUGUCAGGUUUCGGGUUUUCUGAUUCGCAGGCAGACACAAAACCGAAAUUGCAUAUAAAACGGACAAAGUCAUCUUCGGCGUUGCAACUCGCCGGGUGCGCGCAGUUCAAGAAGGGACCCGUAACGUUGGAAAUGUGUCAGCAAGAGCUGGAGUGCAUUGCUGAGUCGCAUAGGGUGAACGGGAUAACUGUUCCCAAACCGUUUUCCUUGAUGACGGAGCAACGCUAUCUAGAGAAGGAAUCCAGGUUGUCGGAAACUUGUAAGCGCCGAAAGCAGGAAGAACCACCACCUUCGUUUCAUGCGAAUCCUACGCCCCAAUUCUCGAAACCUUUCCAUCCAAAACUCGAAUUCAAAGUCACCGAAGUGAACCCGUUCUCGCUGCGCAGCCUCGAACGACAUGAGCUGGCGCACCAAAAACUAAAACAGAAAUUUGCAGAAUUCCAAACGCAACAACUCAAAGCGCUAAAAUUCAAAGCUCAACCCUUCAAGCCGGCCAGGCCGUUGCCAAUUGCCAAGUCCACGAAGCCAUUGACUCUCGUUUCAGAUUUCGUCUUGAAUACCGAGACGCGUUCAGUCAGUCGUCGAGAAUUUGAAAUGAAAAAGCAAGAAAAAGAUAAACUGUUAAUGGAAGAGGCUAAAUGUCGAGCUGCUCUCGAGGCUCAGCGGCAUCAAGCCAUGUUGAAACAAGUACGUGCCGAAAUUGUGCAUAAACCGCUUGCUGUACCGAAUGCCCUAUAUCGCCCGCCGCCCCCACCAAAGCCAUCCGAUAAGCCGCUCACAGAAGCAAAAACGCCCAAUCUGCGCACGAAGAAUCGCAGCUUGUUGAGGUGACGGAGCGCCUGUAUUGAAUGUGCGCACCUGUAAAAAAAAAACAUUUGCUAGUGCGGUUCACUUCAACUGCUUCUGGCCAAAUUUUUGUACAGCCGAAAAAUCGAAAGCUCUCUCUGCUUCUCUCUCUCUCUCUCUGCGGUGCAACUCUGCGAAAAACUCCAAUGGAAAAAAACUGCCUGUAUAUGAUUGGUCUGGUUGCAGAUAUUCAGAGCGCCGACAAGCCUUCUCAAGACACUUGCUUCUAUCGGUACGAAGUCAUUUCUGUACCUGCGGGCAAAAAUCUGUUUCCUAAACCCGCUCUAUUUUUGUCAGAGAGUCCGUUUCGAAGCUGAAGUCUUGCAUAAACACUUGGAAUGCCUUCCCCGAGAUUCGUUUUUGCAUUCAGCUCGGCGAUCUGAUCGACGGCAAUACAGAUCCGGAGAAGACGCUUGCCGACUUUGACGCGGUGAUGUCUUGCUUCGACUCGUUGGUCCAUCCCUUGUACCACGUACUUGGAAACCACUGUUUGACCCACCCAAAUGGGCGAUCCGAGCUCCGAAGAAGGCUGAAAAUGCAGCAAAACGUAGGGUAUUAUGUGGCAAGAUGCAUAGAAGAAGCAAAACACACUUUCAUUGUCCUUGAUGGUACAGAAAUUUCAGUUAAAGGGUACUCUCCGACUGACCCAGAAUACAUAGAGGCUCGAAACUGGCUCGAUACCCAUCCGUUAGAGGAGUACCCAUUCGCCCGUGAGUACAAUUCAGCUAUCUCGUCCAAUCAGCUCCGGUGGCUCGCCGAACAGCUCGAAUGCGCGCGUCGCGUGCGCCAUAUGGUAUUUUUGUUCUGUCACUAUCCCAUUUUCGCGAGCGAUGGUUCCAUCGGACACCAGCUAUGGAACUCCCAAGAGGUACUGGAGCUCAUUCGAGCGUACAAGGACGUGGUCAUGGCAUGGAUUUCUGGACACUACCAUCCAGGGGAGUUUCGUAUAGAUCCAGAGAGCGGAAUCAUUCACCUCACGCUUACCGCACUCUUAGAAUCGCCCGAUAAUUCCUAUGCGUUGAUGCGAUUUUAUCAGGACCAUUUUGUGUUGCAAGGUUUUGGGUCUUGUCCUUCUCGAAUUUGUAAAUUCAACUCUCUUUGAUCCAAAAAAAAA